AUGGUGGUGGNGCCAGCAUCGGUGCCAGCUCCGGCACCGGCACCAGAUCAAGGAUCAGGAAACGCAGAAGCAGCGGCAGCAGCAACACCAGCAGCGGCAGCAGCAACAGCCACACCAGCACCAGCGUCAGGAGCUCCGGUGGCCAACGAUGGCAAAUCCGGCAACAUGAUGUUUCCCGGAGAGACAGAGUGGGGAGAUGGGCUCGGCGGUGUUCUCUUCGGUACGCCGGCACAGAACAAGGGCAAGAGGAAGAAAGCACGGCUGGAGCUGGAGCCGCCGGACUUCCCGAUUCCCGACCAUGGUGGUGGAACCCAAAGCAAGCGCUACACCUUGCAAUUCAAGGUGAAUGCCGUGAGGUACUCGCAGAGAAACCUCAAGGGGGCGCAAGGACCGGGCGGGACUGUUGGCGUAACAUACGCCAUCAGGAUCCUCAGGAUUCCCGACAAGGCCACGUUGGCGGCGUGGGUCAAAGACGUCGACAAGUACGAAGCCGCGCUUGCGGAGGAGACCAAGUACUUGCGAGUGAAGAGCAGGAAGAAAGCCAAGCACCGCAUGUCGCUGAACGUCGGACGGACUAGGACGCACACGGACGCCGAACGCGAGGUCUUGGACUGGAUCAAUGAUCUGCUGUGACGGCAUCUCCGCCCGUGUCUCGACGAGGAUGAUCAAGAACAAGACCACGGAACUCAACCCGAACUAUUCGGGGAGAGGCCGCCGCCGUCCGACAUCAAGAACAACCUGCGGUACACCCGCAAGAAGACCGCGUGGUGCAGAAGGUUCUCAGGGUCUACCGCUUUUCUGUG